AUGUCCUCUCAAACUAGCCCGUCAUUCACUGCUGUCGACCUGACCAACGUCUUCAAGGGGUUGGCGGCUCGCUACACCAGCGGUGAGUCAGUGGAAGGCCUCGUCGUCGAGGCAGAGCUAUAUAUGGGACAUUUCGUGAGCGGUAGCAGCGAUGUGGGCACCGCCAGAGUGAGCGCAGUGCUCCUCGCAAAAGUCCAUCUGCCUUCGGUGGUGUUGGACAGGUUACGCGCUCGCUCCCUGGAAGAGGGGAGCAAUUUGAAUGCUUUCCAGUUCGAUCUGACCUUCCCCGUAACUCUGGCGGCGGGGUCAACUACUCGGGUGGUUCCUACGACAGCUCCGGCUGCUGUUCCGACCCUCGAGAACACUCCGACGCUUGCUAGGACUCGCGGGGCCUCCAAGCGGACUCUCGAGGACUCCCCCUCCACUGAGCACGUCGCCGAAGAGUCAGCUCGGCCCAAACCGCGCGGUCGGGGUCGUCCAUGGGGUACGGCGAAGGUGGAGUAUCAGGAGGCACGAAAGGCGUGUCGUGGGUGCACGGAGCGGAAGCUUCGAUGCCAUGUCCCAGUCUCGGGGCAGGCUGAGGCCUGUCAGGAGUGCGCCAAGAAGAAAACACGGUGCAGUUUCGCAGGCGGACGGGGCCGACGGGCAGAGAGCAGCGAGGAGGAAGCGGAGGUGGAGGAGGGGAGCACAGUGGUUGUCGGACGGCCGCGGGGCAGUCCAAAGAAACCACGACUGGAGAUGGAGAGCAUUACUAUCGACUCGCCUCCGCCUGGCCCUAAAGGUAAGGAGAAGGCCGCGAGCCACGAUUCGCGUCCUGCGCCUACUCCGGGACCUUCGUCUGCGCGUCCGGCAUACCCGCCUUCAGUCGCUCCUAGUCCGGUCACCUCGCUCCUGAAUUUUGGUCCAGAGGCCCUGGCCGUUCCCCUCUCCCGUACGCCGAGCUCCGACCUUUCCCUUGUCUCUCCGUUCCCGCGCAGUGAGAUAGCCCCGGACCAAUUCGGACGCCUCUACCAGAUUAUCGCAGAGCUGCGGGAGCAGUCAAUUGUGGCUCGUGAAAAUGUGGUAAGCCUGCGGGAGGAAAAUACACGGUUCCACCGCGAGUUGGAUGAGGCGCGGAGGGUCAAUGAUCAGGCACUGCAGGAAGUGCGGAAGGCCCUCGAGGAGUCGCGCGCGGACCUGCGCAACCUGCAGGAGGAGCAUGGGAGGGUGUCAAUGGUAGUGAAUGACCUGCGGAUUCAUCAGGAAAAAGUGAAAUUGACAUGGAUAUGGGUGUAUUUACAUUGA